AGAUUUCAAUUAUUUUCAAGUCUAAAAGACCAAAACUGUAGCAAAAAGACAAGCUUGUUACUUUGUCUCAUCCUCUGACAUACUCAUCUUCAAAUUUUUUUCCCAAUGGUUAAUCUGCCAUCUUAUUUUUAGUUAAACCUCAACUUGAAACCCAAAUCGAACACAGGCGGUGAGCCCAGUUGCAGCUUAGUUUUGCUCUUGUUUUUUCAUUAUCUGAUGUGAUUCUCUGCAACUUUUCUGAGACACUUUUCUGCCACACAGCCAAAACCUAGUCUUUUCUUAAGAUAGUCACCUUUGGAUUUAGAAAUGGGGUGUGCUACUUCAAAGAAAGAGGUUGAAGAUGGUGUCGUGUCACUGUGUAAAGAUAGAAAACGCCUCCUGAAAUUAGCUGUGGAGCGUAGGUAUGCUCUUGCAGAUGCUCAAUGUAAGUAUAAUCAGUCUCUCUAUGCGAUUGCAGCUACCAUAAGGCUGUUUGUAGCAAGGCAUUCCUCUCCUUCCUCUCCUUUCCUCAUCACUUUCCCAGCUACUUCCACAGAUGAGGCUGCUGAGACCCCUAUCGCAAAUUCCAUGUUUUUUAAGCAAAAACCCACCGAGCCCACACAUGAGACCAUUCCCUGUCAAUCCUCUCUUUCAACAGUUUUUCUGAAGAGAGGGGGUCAAGAUCAAGGACAAGAUGAAGGUCCAAGAACUGAAGAAGGCAACGAGGGUUGUCUUGAGUCCUCAGAACAAGAGGAAGAAGAUGGGAUCAUUUGUGAGCAUUUUUAUGAUGAAGAGGCUCCACCAGCAAUGCCAUCGCAAGAAAAGGAGUUUGCCUGGGAUUUCUUCAACCCUUUUGAUGAGGCGAGGACAGGGGUAGUGAGCAGCUUCAGUGACAAUUCUCAGGAGGAAUUUAGAGCGGUGAGAGAGAAAGAGGGAAUCCCUGACCUGGAAGAAGAAGGUGAGAGAAAGGUUGAGAAUGCAACAAAUGCUGAUGGUGGCGAUGGGGAGAGUAAGAAUAAGAACAAGCAUACAGAUUUGAGUAAUGGGGAUGACCAUGAUGCAAAUAUGAGCCAAGGUGAAAAGAAUAGUUUCAGAAUUAUUAAGACACCUACUGCUACAAAUGAGAGGGAGUUGUUAGAAGCUUUGAAGGAUGUUGAGGACCAUUUUCUUAGAGCUUAUGAAUCUGGCUUGGAUGUUUGUAGAAUGUUAGAGGCCAAUAGAGUUCAGCUGCAAUCUGGUUUGGAGGAACUUAAAGAGAGCUCAAAUAAACUUAUCCGGUCAAUUACUUGGAGCCGAUCUCCGCUAUCACGAUCUUCGUCCUGCAAAAGUCUUGUUUCGUGUAGUUCCAGAAGUUCUUCUACAUGGACAGAAUUAAAGACUGAUAUGUUUCAUGAUUAUGGAGGAAUGGAAUCUGGAAGCCACUCAUUGACCCUAGGAAGGUUGUAUGCUUGGGAAAAGAAACUCUAUGAGGAAGUGAAGGCAGCAGACCAGACCAGGAAAACUUACGAUCAGAAAUGUUCUCAGAUGAGAAACCGCAAUGCUAAACGAGAUGGCCUCUACUCGGGUGACAAAACCAGAGCUGAAGUGAAAGACUUGCAUAGCAGAAUCUCGGUUGCGAUACGAAGUGCCGAAACGAUCUCUGGAAGGAUUGAAAAACUGAGGGAUGAAGAGUUGCAGCCGCAACUUAUUGAGCUGCUACAUGGCCUAAUGAGGAACUGGAAGAUAAUGAUGGAAUUGCAUGAAACCCAAAACCGAAUCAUGUUCGAAGUUACCUCUUUCAACUGUCCUACUUAUGGAAAGUUUUGUAACGACUCUCACCGGCUUGCUACACUUCAGCUUGUGGAAGAACUUCAUAAUUGGCGCUCUUGCUUCGCUGCAUAUUUAUCUGCACAGAAGGCAUACAUUGAAGCUCUCAGUAGGUGGCUUUCCAAGUUCAUUUCCCCUGAAGUAGAAUUAUGCUCCAAGAAGAGGUAUUCCGCCCCGGCAUUAGGAGUCGAUGGACCACCAUUACUGGAAACUUGUCUUGAAUGGUUGGCUAGCUUGGAGAAGUUGCCGAAUGAAGCUGUUGUUCGUGCAUUAAAAGCUUUGGAAAGGAUAUGCACGCACUUUGGGUUCAACAGGGUGAAGAACAAAACAGAAGAGGAAGGUUGAUGGACUUGCAAAAGAACUUGAGAGGAAGGUCUUGGCAUUCCAGAGAACUGAGAGCCGGGUUCUCAGUUCAAAUUAUCUGAGCAGGAAUUAGAAGUAAAUGUUCGGAGUCGGAUCGAGUAUUUGGCAGAACAGAAAAACCUACUGGAUACAUUCAGGAAAAGAAUAGAUGCCGAGAAUUUAAGACACCGAACUGUCAUGGAAGAGACGCAGCAGAUAACUGUGAAAGGAUUCCAAACAGGAUUUUAUUCAGUUUUCAAAUCCCUGAUUGAGUUUUCAAAUGCUUCCGUAAAAAUGUAUGCUGACCUCGUGACACAUUGCGAAACUGCCAAGGCACCGGAGAAGGAAGAUGAAAGUGAACCAAACUAUGUAGAUGAAACGAGUUCUUAUCUUUGGGGUUGAAGUGACUGAGACAGGAAAAGCCUGAAAGAGAACCCGGUUAUAUUAUACCUUAUGUUCUUUUCAUUUCUCACAUAUGGAGUUUCAUAAAUAAGUCUCCCGAUCAGCUUGCUCGGGAAUCGUAUUUGUGGAAAGCUAUUGUACUUAGCUGAUUGUAAGUAUUAAUGAUCUUAGUUUGAUGCUAA